UCUCACGGAAGCGUUCAGGGUAGCUGUGUUGGCGGAGACCCGUAGCACGUCUGUAGUCAACGUAGCCGGUGGAAACCAUUUCAUUUUUCCCCCCCACUAUAUUUGGAUAGUAUUUGUAAUUAUUUGUAACAGAUAACAUGCGUGAGUGUAUCUCUAUACAUGUUGGGCAAGCUGGUGUGCAAAUUGGCAAUGCCUGUUGGGAGCUGUACUGUCUGGAACAUGGCAUCCAGCCAGAUGGAAGGAUGCCAAGUGACAAAACCAUCGGUGGUGGGGAUGACUCCUUUAAUACAUUCUUCAGCGAGACAGGAGCAGGGAAGCAUGUACCCCGUGCUGUAUUUGUUGAUCUGGAACCUUCUGUCAUAGAUGAGGUGCGGACAGGGGCAUACAGACAACUCUUCCACCCUGAGCAGCUGAUUACAGGAAAGGAAGAUGCAGCAAACAAUUAUGCUCGUGGCCACUACACUGUUGGGAAGGAAAUUAUUGAUCUGAUAUUGGAAAGAGUCCGUAAGCUAACUGACCAGUGUACUGGGUUGCAAGGAUUUCUCAUCUUCCAUAGUUUUGGCGGUGGUACUGGCUCUGGUUUCACAUCCCUCCUUAUGGAACGUCUUUCUGUGGACUAUGGAAAGAAGUCAAAGUUGGAAUUUGCAAUCUAUCCCGCACCCCAGGUCUCUACAGCUGUUGUAGAGCCAUACAAUUCCAUCCUGACCACUCACACCACAUUGGAACAUUCUGACUGUGCAUUUAUGGUUGACAAUGAAGCCAUCUAUGAUAUCUGCUGCAGAAAUCUGGACAUUGAGCGUCCGACUUACACUAAUCUUAAUCGGUUGAUCGGUCAGAUAGUGUCUUCUAUUACAGCUUCAUUACGAUUUGAUGGUGCGUUAAAUGUUGAUCUGACAGAGUUUCAGACUAAUCUGGUGCCUUACCCCCGCAUCCAUUUUCCUCUCGUGACUUACUCUCCCAUCAUUUCUGCAGAGAAGGCCUACCACGAGCAGUUAUCUGUGUCUGAAAUCACAAAUGCUUGCUUUGAACCAGCCAAUCAGAUGGUGAAAUGUGAUCCCCGUCAUGGAAAGUACAUGGCCUGCUGCAUGCUAUAUCGUGGAGAUGUAGUUCCCAAAGAUGUAAAUGCUGCUAUUGCUGCCAUUAAAACCAAACGCACAAUCCAGUUUGUAGACUGGUGUCCUACUGGUUUUAAGGUUGGUAUCAACUAUCAGCCACCAACUGUGGUUCCAGGUGGUGACCUGGCCAAAGUCCAGCGUGCUGUAUGUAUGUUGAGUAACACCACUGCCAUUGCUGAAGCUUGGGCCCGUUUAGAUCACAAGUUUGACCUUAUGUAUGCCAAGCGUGCCUUUGUCCACUGGUAUGUGGGAGAGGGCAUGGAGGAGGGAGAGUUUUCAGAGGCGCGUGAAGACCUGGCUGCCCUAGAAAAAGACUAUGAAGAAGUGGGUACAGACUCUGUGGAGGAAGAGGAAGACGAGGAAUACUGAGCCAUUUCCAUGGAAGUGCUUAAACCAAAAGCCUUUGACAGUACUGUGCUUGGGUAAAUGGGGAGAAUGUGGUUUCUUAAUGUAAAUGUCAUUCUUUUGCAAUAAAGUUUUUCCAUGGGAAUCUUUUCUACCA